AUGACCCCUGCGCAGGCUAUCCAAUCAUCAGCUGGAGUUUUGAACAUCUACGAAAAGGGAGAGAUUAUCGACUACAAAGACGGCGUAUGGUUCUGUGGCUCGAAACAAGCCAAGAAACAUGUUGGAGAUAUUUCUGCUGCUGGAACGACAAACUUUGGCUACGACGACGAGAGGGGCGACUACAACAUCGUCAUGGGCGACCACCUAGGAUACCGCUACGAAGUCAUCGAUGUACUUGGAAAGGGAAGUUUCGGUCAGGUUGUGAGGUGUAUUGACCACAAGCUCGGCACUCUUUGCGCUGUAAAGAUUAUUCGCAAUAAGAAGCGAUUCCAUCAGCAAGCUUUGGUUGAGGUCAACAUUUUGCAGAAGCUCAAGGAAUGGGAUCCUGAUGAGGCAAAUGCAACACUUACCAUCACAUCAUCCUUUUACUUCCGAAACCAUCUUUGCAUCACAUCUCCCUCUCUCAGCAUCAACCUCUACGAAUUUAUCCGAACACACAACUUCUCUGGCUUCUCGAUACAACUCAUUCGCCGUUUCGCACGCCAGAUACUCGCCUGUCUAUGCCUACUUCAAUCUAAGCGAAUUAUCCACUGCGAUCUCAAGCCAGAAAACAUACUUCUUUGCGACCCACGUCGUGCUGAUGUACGAGUCAUCGACUUUGGAAGUUCCUGCAAAGCAGACGAGAAAGUGUAUACGUACAUUCAAUCCCGUUUCUACCGUUCACCAGAGGUCAUUCUUGGUAGUGACUAUGGCCUUGGCAUUGAUAUGUGGAGUUUUGGAUGCAUUCUUGCUGAACUGUUUACCGGGUAUCCCAUCUUCCCUGGUGAGAACGAACAAGAACAACUCGCGUGUAUCAUGGAAAUCUUCGGCCCACCUGCUCGGGAUAUUAUCGAAAAGGCAUCGAGGAGGAAGCUGUUUUUCGACUCGUCUCUCAAGCCACGAGUCACAGUUUCGAGUAAAGGCAGAAGAAGACGACCUAGUAGCAAGACUCUCAGCGGUGCCAUCAAGUGCGAUGAUGAGGCAUUCCUCGACUUCCUCUCCCAGUGUCUUCGCUGGGAUCCUGAGAAGCGUCUGCGACCAGAUCAGGCGGUGUCGCAUCCUUUCAUCACC